CCCGGCUCAACAAGUUGCAUCGACGCCGGCAAGAAUUCCAGGAUCCAUCGGGAAUCAAAGGAAACGGCCGGGAAAAUGAGCCUAGCGCCCGCUCUCAGCGCCUGCGUUGUACUUGCCAUAACAAGAUCCUCUGGAGCCCCUCUCCACAAGUUCUCCACGGCUGCUGCCACCGCUUCUCCCCGCCGGCUGCCGCGGCGUAACGAAGGCGCCACCGGCUGCUUCUGCCGGUUUGCCCCAUCCAGCACCCAUAUUCCCCUCGACUUCUCCUAUUUCUCCCGUUUCCUCCCAGCCACGCAUACCCGCGCGACCCAGCCACCUCAGGAAAACGUGGCCAAGGGAAAGCUUCGCUUUGCUACCUGCUAUAAAUAAUCUCCACAUCACAUUUCGCUGAGCGCCGUUGAAUCCCCAUUCGGUCUCAAGCAGCGCCACACCCAAAUUGCCUCCUCCUCCUUCUCCCGCUAUCAUCUGGCCCUGCCGACAUCGGCAUGUCUUCGGCCCCGCUGCUCGGCACCUCCGUCGGCGGCAAGGGCGGCGAGGCGACGUCGCGGUCGCCGCCGGCAUGGCUGCGGCGCGCGAUCGACACGGAGGAAGCGUGGGCGCAGCUGCAGUUCGUGGUGCCGAUGGUCCUCACCAACAUGUUCUACUACGCCGUCCCGCUCGUCUCCGUGAUGUUCUCCGGCCACCUCGGCAUCAUCCACCUCGCCGGCGCCACGCUCGGCAACUCCUGGGCCACCGUCACCGGCUACCCCUUCGUGGAAAACAUUCCCUUUUACAUCAGCGGAGCGCGAGGCGAGGGUGGCUUGCUGGAAACGGCCGAAUCGACCGUUCCUCCCGAGACUGGCCUAGCGGUGAUUUGAGAACCGGUUGGACCACAACGUGGAGGCCUUCCGGCUAGCAAACGACCCAACUUUUUUCCCAAGAUGCGAGCCAAGUGAUAUACGACCUACCAAACGCGCCCCUAAUAUUCCGUAUCCAGAUAAGGCCCUAAAGUAGAUGUUUUCAUCACAUAUCUCAGUAUUUGUACUUAGGGCAUGUACAAUGAUGAUAUCUUAGCAAUGCCACGUGGAACAAA